CUCUACUAUUGUUUUAACUUAUUUAACUUGUCUUUUUAAUUUACUACUCAUCACCAUUUACCACUCUAUUAUAACCAAACACUUUAUAUCACUAAUUAAAUUUACUAUUAUUAGCACUAUUGGUAAUUACAUCAUAUAACAUUAAAAUGUCUGAGGAAUGGCAACAAUAUAUUCAAGACACUAGAACUCAAUGCAAAUAUGGAAUAAAGUGUUAUCAAAAAAAUCCUGAACAUCAUAAGCAGUAUAAACAUCCACCUCAGUUAAAGGUUAAAGCAAAUAAAAAGCAAAGAAACAACCGUUUUCAACCUUAUAACAAAAUUAAAACUUCUGAAGAUGAAAGCAAUAUUACAGUGAAAAAUGACCAAGAGUUAGAAAAAAUUAAAGAUAAUAAUAUUGAAAGUCAACCUUCCUCAUCCACUAUAACUGAAAAUGAUAAUGAAAAUAAUCUCAAAUGCAAAGAUGUUAGUUCCCAUGAUAUUGUGUCUUAUUAUGACAGAGACGUAGAUCCUAGCAUCCUGGAAGAAUGCUUUUUAGUUGAAAUGCCACCAGAUUUUUACAAAUUUUAUGAGUGCCUUAAUAAAGAAUCUGAACCUAUAGAAAAAAUACUAGCAAAUGUAAAUUUACAAUUAAUUGGUCCAUAUGAAUUAUUUUUGGGUAAACUACCAAUAUUGCAAGAUAAAGAUAUGUAUUUAAUUCACUGGAGAUUUUAUUAUGAUCCACCUGAAUUUCAGGCAAUUUUAAAAAAGAAAGGCAAAAGUGAAUUUCACAUUGGUUACUACAGAGAUGAUCCUAAAGAGAAACCAGUAUUCGUUGCCAGAAAUGAUAGCUCGACAGAUUGUAUUAUCACUCCUGUUUCUGAGAACAUAUUUGGAGCAGUUUACUGGUUUUUGCAAAAUGAAAAGAAAACAUCGCCAUUUAUUUCUAUAGCAUGUCAGAAAAUGAUGGAAAACGUCAAGAAUUGGGCUGAGGAACACAAAUAUUCAUUAGAAGAAUUUAAUAUGAAGAAAAGAAUACCUAAUACAGUAUGUCGAUCAUUUCACAGUGCUGGCAUUGUAGUACCUUAUAAUAAGAAAACUCAGCUAGGUUACAGGAAAUUAGCUGAAAGUGAUGCGAAAAUAAAAAAAAUGUUUAAACAAUUAUCAGAAGCAAACUCUCAAACAGAAAAAGAUAAAGUUCUAUCAGAGCUACAGCCAGUUUUAACUUAUGCAAGUAUAGCUAUGGACGAGUGUGACUUUGGAACUGGUUUAGAGGCUGGCAUUGCUUUGUUCUGUUCAGGCUUAAAAGAACUUCAAACCAGUACUUUAAGGAAUCUAGAAGUAGCUUAUACAUUGUUACGAAGAGAAGCUUUUAAAAAAAUAAUUCAGAUGCACAUGAAGCAUCGCCGCAAAGGUCCAGAGAUGUCAGUAUUAAAUAUAUAAUUUUUCUUGACAAAUAUACAAAUUUGAUGUAACUGUUAAUGUCGGCAUGCCUUUAAAACAUCAUUUGAACGCUUUAAAAAUUGUGGAAUGUGUUAAAUUUGAACUUAAUUUUAU